AUGGGGAUUCUCAGCGUGCCAUCACGGAGAUCUGUUCAAACAGAUGAGGGCCUAUCACGCAUCUCGGCAAAUCGCCGUUCUGUGCAGCUACCCAUGCUGAACCUGGCGGAUACUGGUCGCAAUAAUCUGAUUGCCGUAAUCGGAGAGUUUGUUGGCACUUUUCUCUUCCUCUUCUGGUCUUUUGCCGGCACUCAGAUCUCCAAUACCCCCAUGCCACCACCUGGCUCGGACCCGAAUCCGUCCGCACUGUUGUAUGCAGCGCUGGCAUUUGGGUUCUCCUUAACCGUGAAUGUCUGGGCUUUCUAUCGAGUUACAGGAGGCCUCUUCAAUCCCUCGGUCACUAUGGCGCUAUUUCUCGUUGGAGGUCUCCCUGUAAUACGCAGCGUCUUAAUUGUAAUCGCUCAAAUCAUUGCAGGGAUAUGCGCUGCGGCUGUGGUAUCUGCCCUGUUUCCUGGUCCUCUUAAUGUUGCAACCACGCUUGGUGGAGGCGCAAACACCGCGCAGGGUCUCUUCAUUGAGAUGUUCCUUACUGCACAGCUUGUGUUUGUCAUUAUCAUGCUUGCAGUUGUCAAGCAUAAGUCCACUUAUCUGGCCCCGGUGGGAAUUGGAUUGACGUUCUUCCUGACCGAACUCUGCGGUAUUUACUACACCGGCGGUUCACUAAACUUUGCCCGCUCACUUGGACCAGCCAUUGUCAACCACAGCUUUCCGCACUAUUUCUGGAUUUACUUCCUCGGCCCACUUCUUGGUUCUGGUCUGGCAUCCGGCUUUUAUUACUUCCUGAACAGAAUGCGCUAUGAAACCUGUAACCCUGGUCAAGACGCCGAUAGUGUCGAAGUCCCCGAGAAAGAGGUUUCUCCAUCUCUUGGCGGGGGUGAUCCUGUUGGGGGUGCUAUUGGAACUGGAACUGUUGAUGGAACAGGUCGUGUGCAUGGACAUCAGAGAAACAUCUCUGAGGCUACUGCUGUGAGCCCUGACUAUACAGGUACAACAACUGGGGCGCCUCAAAAGGGGUCAGUAUUUUCAUCGCCAACAGGCCACACAGCGGACCCAUCCCCAUAUCAAAAUGCGGCUGAGUCUGCAUAUGACCCUGUAAACCAGCGUGGGACACUGGGUGCUGAGAGUGAUAGAGGAACUGGACAAUUGAACCAAUUUUAG